AUGGCAGAGAAAGGUCGUCGUUCAGGUGGUUUGGAACAACCGGUGGUGAAAAUCGGUCUUUACGUACUUCGAGAGACUCUUGGUUUUGGGUCAUUUGGUAAAGUAAAGAUUGCUGAACACGAGAUCACUGGUCAUAAAGUAGCUGUUAAGAUCCUUAACCGGCGGAAAAUAAAACUUCUUGAGGUUGCCGAGAAGAUUGGGAAAGAAAUCAAUAAUCUCAAACUUUUUCGUCAUCCUCACAUUAUCAAACUGCACCAGGUGAUUAGUACUCCAAUGGAUAUAUUUAUGAUCAUGGAAUAUGUUCCAGGUGGUGAACUUUUUGAAUAUAUUAAGAAGCGUGGAAAACUAAAGGAGUCAGAGGCUCGUAGGUUCUUCCAGCAGAUAAUUUCUGGAGUUGAUUACUGUCACAGACACAUGAUUGUACAUAGAGAUUUGAAACCAGAAAAUCUCUUGUUAGAUAACAAUCUUAAUGUGAAGAUUGCAGAUUUUGGCCUCUCAAACAUGAUGCUCGAUGGAGAGUUUCUACGAACUAGCUGUGGAUCACCAAACUAUGCAUCUCCUGAGGUUGUGUCUGGGAUGUUAUAUGCCGGUCCAGAAGUUGACAUCUGGAGUUGUGGAAUUAUUCUUUAUGCUCUUCUCUGUGGAAUGCUUCCAUUUGAUGACCAAUAUCUUCCAGCCCUCUUCCAAAAAAUAAAAUCUGGAGUCUUCACGAUUCCUGACUAUCUCAACAAACCUGUUGUCAACCUGUUAUGUUGCAUGCUGACUGUGGAUCCUAUGCAAAGAAUAAAAAUGGAAGAUAUAAAAAACCAUGAUUGGUUCAAGAAGGACCUUCCUCCAUACUUAUUUCCUUCACCCAUUUCAACUGAUGCUUCAAUUAUAGACACGUAUGCUGUCUCUGAAGUUUGUGAGAAAUUUGGGGUUCAAGAAAGAGAAGUACAUUCUUCUUUGUUGAGCACAGAUCCACAUGAUGAACUUGCUGUUGCCUAUCACUUAUUCAAAGACAACAAACAGUUUGAAUCAAGACCUAAUUUGAAAGAUUUCUACUUGCCCACAAGCCCAAUGUCAGAAGGUGAUAAACCUCAUCCAGAACAAUUAAAAGGACGUCAUCGUUGCCAAAGUGGUCCAGUUGGGAGCACUACAGAUAAAACUUCAAAAAAAGGGAAAUGGCAUCUUGGUAUCAGAUCACGAAGCAAACCUUUGCACAUUAUGAAUGAAGUGUUUCAGGCCAUGAAGGCUUUGGAUAUGGAAUGGCAGAUCAUCUCCCCUUUCUCUGUCCGUGUUCGUAAACUACAUCAGUCAACUUCAAAAUAUGUAAAGAUGAACCUUCAGUUAUACCUAGUCGAUUAUAACAGUUGCCUACUAGACUUCAAAUCUUUCGACGCUGACGAGAAUGUGAACAAAAGUCAAUCAGCCACUCCUACCAAGUCCCCUCCUACUAACGAGAGUCGCCAUGUUAUACACUUCUUUGAGUUGUGUAGCUAUCUCAUUGCAAAACUUGCUUGCUGAUAACCUUACCAUCUUAAGGACACAUUUAAUCAAAUUCCAGGAACUCUUGAGCAGUUAACGUUUUUUGUACGAACUACUUGCUAUAAACCACUUCCUACAACAGAAGGAACUGUUUUUGUGGGAAUUUUGGAGAAUAUAGCUGAUUAAUUGCAGAUGAGUUUUGAUUUCAAAUGAAAGAAAUCAAAUACAAGUCAAUGUUAAAACUGCUUGCUGAAAUAAUAAGUUGUCACGUUUAAUUUACCUCAAGUACUAAGAUUUCUAAGUUCUGAACACUUCGUAACUUAUUUUAACAUUUUGUAUUCUAUUUACACAGUGAAGCAGGCAACCAAUGUUAAAUUUUAAUUA